UCAGAGAAGAAGGUGGCGGGAUCGUGGGAGGGGGGAGAAGAAGGAAGUCUGGCUGUGUAGGUGAGGUCUUUGAGCGGUAGAGGGUGGAGUCCUUUUCACUGCUGGCUUCUCCUCCCGGCUGUACAUGCAGUAGCUCGUCUCCGCAAGGAUGGAGCAAGAAGGUGGAGUGCUAAAGGAAGGCUUCCUUGUGAAAAGGGGUCACAUUGUACACAACUGGAAGGUGAGAUGGUUUGUCUUGAGACAGAACACCCUGCUGUAUUAUAAGCUUGCAGGGGGAAGGAAAGAGACUUCUCCUAAAGGCCAGAUCCUCUUGGAUGGCUGUACCAUCACGUGCCCUUGCCUGGAGUAUGAGGGUAGACCGCUUCUCAUUAAGUUGAGGACCAGAACAUCCACAGACUACUUCUUGGAGGCCUGUUCCAGAGAAGAGAGGGACGCUUGGGCCUUCGAGAUAACAGGUGCGAUUCAUGCCGGCCAACCAGGAAAAGUCCAGCAGCUUCAUAUCAUGAAAAAUUCUUUCCAGCUUCCCUCUCACAUCAGUCUUCAUGAUAUAAUUGACAAGAUGCAUGACAGCAGCUGUGGAAUACGCCCAUCACCCAACAUGGAACAGGGAAGCACCUACAAAAAGACCUUCAUGGGCUCUUCCCUGGUAGACUGGCUGAUCUCCAGUCACUUUGCUGCUAGUCGCAUUGAAGCUGUCACUCUUGCCUCCAUGUUGAUGGAGGAGAACUUCCUUAAGCCCAUUGGAAACCGGAGCACGGAGGCCGUUCGCUCUGGGGAUUUAGUGGCACAGUUCCUAGAUGACUCCACAGCCCUGUACAUUUUUACUGAAAGCUGUAAGAAGAAGACAAAUUCAAAGGAAGAAUUCAACUAUAGCACUGCGGAACUGAGUGGCACAGUGAUUAAACAAGGCUAUUUAGCCAAGCAGGGACACAAGAGGAAAAACUGGAAGGUGAGGCGCUUUGUUCUGAGAAGCGACCCUGCCUUCCUGCACUAUUACAACCCAUCCAAGGAAGAGAACAGGCCAGUUGGUGGGUUUUCUCUCCGUGGAUCCCUUGUUUCAGCUUUGGAGGAUAAUGGAGUUCCCACUGGUGUCAAAGGCAAUGUGCAGGGCAACCUCUUCAAAGUGAUCACUAAGGAUGAUGUCCACUACUACAUCCAGGCCAGCAGCAAGGCAGAGAGAGUUGAGUGGAUUGAAGCCAUCAAGCGACUAACAUGAACUAGGUUACUGUGCUCACAACUACCUUUGAAGACACCUGCAGGACCUCCUAUGUAAAAAGGAUCGGGGCUCUUGUUAAGGCCUUGCACGUUUCAACGACUUUUGAUAUCCAUUUGGUACCACUUUGAUGUGACAAUGGGCUAAGAGCUUCCUAGUAACAUUCUAAUGAUAGACAGGGUAUUCUUACUACCAACCAUCUUCCUUAUAAACCAGGAACCAGCAUCUCAAAAAAUGACUUUUUGGUGCCAGUCCAGGAAUCUUUAUGGAGGCUAAAAAUCAUGUUAAGACCUCCCAUGGCCUCAAACCUAUCUUUAUAGAUGCUGAGGAGGAAUAAAACAGGACACUUUUCUUCUUAAUGACAAAUGGAAACAGGCUAUUUUUAGCUAUGUGAAUUCCUGAAAUGUUUUGUAAACACUUUAAGACACAGCAGGUUCUUACUAUUAUAUUGAGUAAAUGAAAACGUUCUCAAAUUGCUUCUCAACAAAAUCAGUGGUGGGUUGUGGAAAAGACCUUUGGGUGGAGACUGUCAGGAUCCAGCACUUAACUUGAUGCCAAUCGCUCCUAAGCCUUAGACUGAUCUAUAAAUUAAGAAUCCCUCAUCUGCCCUCCUAGGGUUAUGGUUAACAUCAAGCGAGACGUAAGUGAAUGAACUUUUGACUCCCAGUUCAGAAGUGAGCGCAGUUACACCUAACAUGAAUGAACAGUUAGUGGUGACAUUUCAAGCAGAAUCCUAUUUUAACUCCUCCCCUAAUUCUUGGGUGAUACUAGACUGCCCUUUUGUACUUGACAUAAAUUAUACCGUAUGUCAGGCAAGAGCAGGUGGUCUUGAACUACUCAGAUUCUAACAAUGACUAUCUAAUAAUCAGAAGCACCACACCAGGAAGAAUGGUCAGCAUGGCAGGAUGAGCUGCUAAAAUAAGAUUGAGACAAUAAUGAAAAAUUAAAGGGCAUAGGGAUUAAAUCAGAUAUAAACAUUUGCUGAGAAUUAAGUUGAGAGAAUUCUUGGCAUCCAAGUAAGGAGGUUAACCUGAUUUAUCUGUUACUAUUAACCUGAAUAAACUAAAAGUAUCUGACCUUAUGAAACUAAGCUGUUACAGCUGACUGAAUAAAAUGUGUAUUGUCAAUGGAUACAUCAAAAGGACUUGAAUAUAAUUUCUUCUAAGUUUUUAAUUCUUUAAAAUUCUAUUAUAGCUUACUUUGAGUAAUCAGAAACCCAAAUGUUCUCCCUUGCCUUGGUUUAGACCACUUUUUAAAGCAGUUUUCCAUAUGAUUUUCACCAAGAUCUAAAUUUCCAUGGAGUUUUUUCUCAAAAAUGGGAAGAGGUAUAAUGGGAAAGCCCUUAAAAAUAUAUACAAAUUAACUUUGACACCAUGUAGCCAGAUGACUGCUGUCCAGUUGUAUGAGACUGUGACCCCAUUUUCAAUCUUUCUUGAUAAGUGAUUUGCAAUUUCUUUCUCCAGCUCAUUUUACAAACAAGGAAACUGAGGCAAACAGGGUUAAAUGAUUUGCCCAAAGGCAUACAACUAGUGUUUGAGGCCAGAUUUGUUUUCAAGAUCUUCCUAUCUCAGUUACUAGGAAUAAUACUCUUAUUUGCUAUACCAUCUAGCUGCCUAAUGCCUAGGGUGGUAUGACUAUGGCCUAUUUCUGACCUUCCAACAUUCUCUUUCCCGGCACCCAAGCUAGCCUUUUUGACGUUCCUCACACAACAUUCCCUCCCCUUGAUCUCUGGGCCCCCAUGUUUUCCUGUGUCUCACCUCUGUCUCCCCAAAUGCCCAAUUUCUUUCAACUACCACCUCCUAUUUCUUAAUCCCCCCCUCAGCUGCUGGUUCACUUUAUCCCACAAUUCUCGUACUUUACAUAUGCUUAAAUAUGUCCAUCUCCCCUGAGAGCUUUGAAGCAAUUUCACUUUUGCUUUUGUAUCUCCAAAGUCUAAUCACAAAACAAUUUAGACAAUUGGGAAAAAAGCCACAUGCAAUCCUGUCAUAGCAUGAAACCAUAGCUAUACACAGUAAGUUGGUGUAUGAUGUUCAAUAAAUUUGUAUUAGUCUGUUUCCUCCCUCAUUAGAGUUGGCCAAGACAAAUAGUGAAAAAAGUUUUCUUCCUGCUUUUAUUAUUUCUUUUUGAAAAGCUGCAGCAUAUUGCAAUGGCUGGACUACUCAGAGCUCAAGUUGUCUCCGACAUUCUAGCAAUGAGAUGGGACACCAAGGCAGUUUUUUCCCCAGCAUUCCAGCCAGAUCCCUAAAGCUAUUAAAUUGCAUUAUUUGUUGCUGAUCUGCAUUGGUAUAGAGUUCUUCCUCAUUGAGGAACUCACAGGUUUGGACCCUUCCACACUCACAAAUACACUGUAGCUAGCAUUUAUGGCCUUAAUGUUUAUAAAGUACUUCAUGUGUUCAUUUAAUUCUCACACCCAUUCUGUGAAGUAGGUGGUAUCCCUAUUUCACAAAUUAAAAAAACUGAAGAGGUAAUCUGCUCAAACAGUUUAAGUGUGAAGUAGGAUAUGAACUAACUCAUUAAUUCAUGGUGAUGCCUACAUGAUCUAAUCCUCUCUUUUGUGCACUCCUCCCACCCUGGACUUUUCAAGUCUGAAAAAAGGUCUAGCGAGAAAUUUUGAUAUUUCAAUUUUCCAUUACAAGGUAGGUUUAAAGUAUCCUAUACUAGUUUAUAAUCUACGGAGUAUUUAUUUCUAGGAGGAAGGGAAAGGUGGAUAAGGGACAUUUUUCACUGAACAAAAAGUAGAGAAGCAGCUUAUUUUGCUUUACUUAGACAUCAGAGAGAGAAUAUCCUAGGUAGUUGAAAAGUUGAAGGUGACUAGAGAAUAGAGGGUCAUACACUCACAAAGAGCAAAAAUUAUCUUCUCCCUUAUAUCCUCUUCCUCACUAUUAUUCCAGUCUACUUUUGCUGAAGUGUCCCAAUCCCUAUGAGUUUGAAAUAAGAAGUCUGACCUUGAAACAGCACCAGAAAAGUGCCUUUUAUUAGGCACUCAUUACAUAUUUAAUUGAAUCACAAUGAGGUUGACUUGGAUGAAUCUUAUGCAUGUGCUUCAACAGCUAUAAGGUUUACAUGCCCCAAAUUGUCUGAUAACAGACUGAAAUCUAAGAUCAAAGAUCAUACAAUCUUCAAUAAACAUGCCAGCAAGUGACAAUGUUACUUAUCCCUGGAUUUUCCUUCCUCUACUUAAAAGUAGGUAGAAUGUAAUCAAAUUAUAUCCAUUUUUAAUUUCAAUUAGCUUGACCUCAAAAUAAAAACAUUAGAAAUACACCAUAAUCCAAAUUUGUAAUGUAGAAAAUAUUCUUCUGGAGAAUUUUCUUGAUGGCACCUCCCUAAUUUUUUUCUAUUUUUUUUUUAAAGCCACCCCACAUUUUAAGGGUGGGAAAGAAUGAAUUCUAACAUUCUUUUAAAGCUGGAAUCAGAACUAUUUUAAAGGAGAAACAUACUAUCUUUUCACAUUCCACUAUUCUGAACUAACACUUGUUGGCAAAUAUUAAAUGAAACAAUACAGGACCCCAAUGAUAAAUCACUUAUGUUCAUUAUUUUCAGGCAGAUAAAAGAGGUACAGUAUAAUUACUUAGUUGCUUUUUAAGAACCAUCAUCCUGAGGGUCUCAAAUGUCUAAACCUUUUCAAUGUCUGAUUUCUAAACUGCAACUCUGUUGCAGAGGUCUUUGUUUUUCCUUCUUUCUUGAAAGGAUGUUGCAAUGUUCUCUUUUUCUAGCAGACAGAAAUUUUGAGAAAUU